AUGGCUUUAAAUAAUGUCGGUAUUCGCAUUCCAGUUCCUGCAAACAUUAAUCAAGUUGCUAAUGCAAAUAAUCCAGUUCCUGCAAACAUCAAUCAAGUUGCUAAUGCAAAUAAUCCAGUUCCUGCAAACAUCAAUCAAGUUGCUAAUGCAAAUAAUCCAGCUCCUGCAAAUGGUAAUCAGGUUGCUAAUGCAAAUAAUCCAGCUCCUGCAAACGUUAAUCAAGUUGCUAAUGCAAGGGGAAUGGCUGCCGACAAUCUAUUUAUCAAGGAAAUACUUGAUGGGACGGGUACAAGUUUGAUUUUGGCCAAGACUAAAAAAAUAAAAUCAAGUCUAUUCCAUCAUUCAUGCAUGAAUGCAUCAUCGAAGAUAUUCAACAAUGACAAUAAAAAAGCCGCUGGUUGGUAA